CGGCGGGACAGCGACAUGGCCGGCCACACGCAGCAGCCGAGCGGGCGCGGGAACCCCGGCCCUGCACCCUCGCCCUCCCCCGGCCCGGGCCCGGGCCCCGGCGCCUCGGAGCGGGUGGCGCUCAAGAAGGAGAUCGGGCUGGUGAGCGCCUGCACCAUCAUCAUCGGGAACAUCAUCGGCUCGGGCAUUUUCAUCUCCCCCAAGGGGGUCCUGGAGCACUCGGGCUCUGUGGGUCUGGCCCUCUUCGUCUGGGUCCUGGGUGGAGGCGUCACUGCCCUGGGUUCCCUCUGUUACGCGGAGCUGGGAGUCGCCAUCCCCAAGUCUGGCGGGGACUAUGCCUAUGUCACCGAGAUCUUCGGGGGCCUGGCUGGCUUCCUGCUGCUCUGGAGUGCGGUCCUCAUCAUGUACCCAACCAGCCUGGCUGUCAUCUCCAUGACCUUCUCUAACUACGUGCUGCAGCCCGUGUUCCCCAACUGCAUCCCCCCAGCUGCUGCCUCCCGCGCACUCUCUAUGGCCUGCCUGAUGCUCCUGACAUGGGUGAACAGCUCCAGCGUGCGCUGGGCCACACGCAUCCAGGACAUCUUCACCGGUGGGAAGCUGCUGGCCCUGUCCCUCAUCAUUGGCGUGGGCUUCGUCCAGAUCUUCCAAGGACACUUUGAGGAGCUGACACCCAGCAAUGCCUUUGACUUCUGGAUGACACCCUCCGUGGGUCACCUGGCCCUGGCCUUCCUCCAGGGCUCCUUUGCCUUCAGUGGCUGGAACUUCCUCAACUACGUCACUGAGGAGCUGGUUGACCCUCGAAAGAACCUACCUCGUGCCAUUGUCAUCUCCAUCCCGCUGGUGACCUUUGUGUACACCUUCACCAAUGUUGCCUACUUCACCGCCAUGUCCCCCCAGGAGCUGCUGGCCUCGAACGCAGUGGCCGUGACCUUCGGGGAGAAGCUGCUGGGCUACUUUUCUUGGGUCAUGCCCGUCUCCGUGGCACUUUCUACUUUUGGAGGGAUCAAUGGCUACCUGUUCACCUCCUCCAGACUGUGCUUCUCUGGGGCCCGAGAGGGACACCUGCCCAGCCUGCUGGCCAUGAUCCAUGUCAGACACUGCACACCCAUCCCUGCCCUCCUUGUCUGUUGCGGGGCCACAGCGGUCAUCAUGCUUGUGGGAGACACGUACACGCUCAUCAACUACGUGUCCUUCAUCAACUACCUCUGCUACGGUGUCACCAUCCUGGGCCUUCUCGUUUUGCGCUGGAGGCGGCCAGCACUCCACAGGCCCAUCAAGGUGAACCUCCUGGUCCCCAUCGCAUACUUGGUUUUCUGGGCAUUCCUGCUGGUCUUCAGCUUCAUCUCGGAGCCCAUGGUGUGUGGAGUCGGCGUCAUCAUCAUCCUCACGGGGGUGCCUGUUUUCUUCCUGGGAGUGUUCUGGAGAAGCAAACCAAAGUGUGUGCACAGACUCACAGAAUCCAUGACACGCUGGGGCCAGGAGCUGUGCUUUGUGGUCUACCCCCAGGGAGCCCCUGAGGAAGAGGAAAAUGGCCCGUGCCAGCCCUCCCCACUGCCCACCAGGGACAAGCCCUUGAAAACGCAAUGA